UGUAAAUAUUGCUUAUUAAUCGUAAUACUUUAUUAUUUUUCAGCCUCCCCACAUUAACAGCAGUAUGCCACGGGUCAGAAGUUUUGUACUCUCUUUUAUAAGUCACCAGGAUGACCCUAUACCUACUGAAGGUGAUACUGAAAAUGACUUGGACGUUGGAUCCGGAGCCACCAAUCAGACUGGAUCGUUCCUGCGUGAACAACGAACAGUGUCAGUGCAGACAGCAAGAUACCUCACGAGUCCGUGGCUGACGCGUUUUGUUCCUUCAGUUUACACCUUAGUGCUUGUGCUGAGUCUCCCUCUGAACAUUACAGCGAUACUCGUGUUUCUGAAAAAAAUGAAAAUUGAAAAGCCAGCUGUAGUGUACAUGCUGAAUUUGGCCCUUGCAGAUGUCCUGUUUGUAAGUGUGCUUCCUUUUAAGAUUGCUUAUCACUUUUCUGGAAACGACUGGGUUUUUGGACCUCAGAUGUGCCGUUUCAUCACUGCUGCCUUCUACUGUAACAUGUACUGUUCAAUAAUGCUUAUGACGAGCAUAAGCUUCGAUCGCUUCUUAGCGGUGGUGUAUCCCAUGCAGUCUCUUGGGUGGCGUACAUUAACACGUGCCUCGCUGAUUUGUUUCAUCAUAUGGCUUGUAGCAAUAAUUGGUGUUAUACCUUUUCUCAUCAGAGAGCAAACAAUGGAAAUACCCAAGUUAAAUAUAACUACUUGUCACGAUGUGCUAAGAGAAUCUGAACUUCAUGGCUAUUACCUCCACUUCUUCUCCAUCUUCUCUUCUGUGUUUUUUGUAGUGCCAUUUAUAAUUUCUACUGUCUGUUACGUGUGUAUCAUUCGAUGUCUUAGUUCUUCUACCAUUGUUGCAAAACAAAAUAAGAAGACACGUGCCUUGCUCUUGUGUGUGGCUGUUUUUUCUGUUUUUGUUAUUUGCUUUGGACCAACAAAUGUCCUCCUAUUAAUUCAUUAUAUCCAUUUUUCUUAUGAUAACAGCUUAGAGUAUCUCUACUUUGCCUAUCUACUCUGUGUUUGUAUCAGCAGCAUUAGCUGUUGCAUUGACCCUUUUAUUUACUACUAUGCUUCUUCUCAGUAUCAGAGACAAUUUUUCAGUCUCUUCAACUGUAAAAAGACUUUAGAUCCUAACAGUAGUAACAGUAGUGGCCAGUCAGUGUCUACCACAAGUAGAAGGGCUACGUGCUCUACUAAUGUGAAUAACAGUGUCUACAGGAAAUUACUAGCAAUGCAUUGAGAUAACGUGUCUUACACAUGCUUAAUUCUUAGACUAUUUCAGACAAAAAAACCCCUGUAUUAUAUCCAAGAAAUGCAAAACCUUAAACCAACUUGUUGUACAAUACAUAGUUCUAUGGAUUCAUUAUAGUAAUGCACGAUUCAAAUAACUCUGUAUAUGUAUAUAUACAGUAUAUGUAAAUAGGUUAAUG